AUGUCGAAGUUGGGAAGAGCGGCGAAGGCAGAAACGCCACCCCCCUGCCCCUGCGAUGUCGCCCUCGCCGACUCCUGCGACGUCGUCGGCGACGAGCCCGCCUCCCCCGCCUCGGCCUCUCCCCCGACCCCUCCUCCUACCGCGCCCUCAGCCAGGCCCUCUGCUGCCGCGGCCAGGCCCGCUUCGCCGCCUCCUUGCUCGACGACAUGCUCCACCGCGGCCGAUCAAGCUGACCCAAUCCCGCCACCAAUACAGCCACCCAUGCCAUGGCCAAACCCACCGCCAGCCCCCUCCUCCUUCUCCGGCGCCGCCCUCGCCCGCGCGCUCACCUCAACGCUCCCCAACAUGAAGAGUACCACGGCGAGCGCCAUUUUUCCUCCGCCACUUCCCAUGACCGCUUUGUAG